AUGUCUCUUUCUCCCUUUAGCAAAGACAACCUUCCAAAGCAAAUCAUUAUCAACAAUGAAUACGUCGACUCCAAGAACCCCAAUAAGCUGACAGUACAGAACCCGAAAGACGGUUCCUUGGUAGCCGAUGACGUUCCGCUCGCGGGUGAACAAGAUGUCGACGCCGCCGUUGCUGCCGCAGAAGCAGUCUUCCCUGCCUGGAAAGCCACUCUGCCAAGCGUGCGUCGAGACAUGCUCAACAAGCUCGCAGAUCUCCUCUCUGAGCAUGCCAAAGAGCUUGGUGAACUAACGCGAAUCACUCUUGGCGCUCCUUGGGCUGGCUUUGGGAAGCUCGAGGUUGACAUGUGUUCAGAGACGUUGAGGUUCAAUGCCGGCUGGACGGACAAGUUCGCGGGCGAGUCGUUCCCGCAAGAGGAUGGAUUUAUGAAGAUUGUGAGGAAUGAACCACUGGGCGUUGUGGCGGGCAUCAUUCCGUGGAAUGGACCUAUCGCGAAUGUUGGCCUUAAGGCUGGACCUGCUUUAGCGACUGGCAACUGCUUCAUACUGAAGGUAGGUGUUCGAAACAAAGCGCGAGGCAUGUGCUGACGCGAUUUGGUUGGCAGCCGUCCGAAAAGACUCCAUUUGCAGCAUUGGCUCUACUACCUCUCAUCAAAGAGGCCGGCUUUCCCCCUGGUGUCUUCCAAGUCUUGUCUGGAGACGGUACGACGGGAGCAUUGCUGGCGAGCCACAUGCGCGUGAGAAAGGUAUCAUUCACUGGUUCCAUUCCGACUGGAAAAAAGAUCCAGGAGAUGGCUGCCAAGUCCAAUCUUAAACGUGUGGUAAGCAUUGCCACUCUCAGACAAUUUCGGUGAAUCUAACGUGGACGAGACUCUCGAGCUAGGAGGAAAGUCUCCAGCGGUAGUCUUCGACGACUGCAACCUUGAAAACGCCGUAACUUGGACGGUCAACGCCAUCACCAGUCACUCCGGGCAAGUCUGUUUCGCCGCGUCCAGGGUUUACGUUCAAGAGGGCAUUUACGAUAAGUUCAUCGAAAAGUACAAGGCCCAAUUCAUCGAGCGGACGAAAACACUAGGCGAUCCAGACUUGGAUUCAACACUCCUAGGACCCUUGGUUGAUGAACUGCAGUUCAAAAGUGUCACGGGAUUCAUUGAGCGUGCCAAAGACCAGAAGCAAGGAACUCUCUUGACUGGUGGUGCUCGAGUCGGCGAGAAGGGAUACUUCGUCGAGCCAACGGUCUUCACAGACGUCCAUCCAGAUUCUGAAAUCCACACCGAUGAAAUCUUUGGUCCUGUCUCAGUUGUUCGAACUUUCAAGACCGAGGAGGAUGUCCUCAAAAUGAGCAACGACUCGGAGUAUGGUUUGAUGGCCGGUGUCUUCACGCAGGACAUCAACAAGGCGAUGAGGAUUGCAAGUGCUUUUGAUAGCGGAAUGGUGGGGAUCAACUGUAUAAGCCUGAUGAUGACACAAGCACCCUUUGGAGGAUCGAAGCAGAGCGGUAUCGGGAGGGAGAGUGGAUUUCAUGCCUUGAGGGCCUUUACGGAUCCAAAGACCAUCAUGGUCAAUUUGACGUAUUAG